CCGGCAGCAACGCGGUACCGACCCGGGACGGCUCGUGAACACGGGCUCAGAGCCCCAAAAGACGCACGCAAGAAGUGCAAAGUGCUGCGGCAUCAUCGCCCCAGCGAUAACGGUACUUGGCUGCGCCCGCAGCCGACCUGCUCUCCCGUAACACACAGAGAGCAGAUAAGCACUGACAGCGCGAGCGGCGCUAUUACGACAUGUCGUCACCCGCAGCGCCCGCCGGAAGCAGCACGCCCGCCGACGCGACCGAAACGGCAACCAUCUGCCACCUCGCCGGCACGCUCACAGCGUCGGAGUGCGCCGGCGACUGGUUCUACGCCGCCGAGGGCGAGCGCUGGCCCUUCCGCCUCGCGGUCCUGGACGAGCGGGACACGGGCGUCGACGAGCGCACGCUGUUACUGAGAGGCUCGUUCGAGCACGCCGGUGGUAUUGCCGACGACGACCUCGAGCUGACGAUUUGUAAUAAUGACGUGUCGGGCUCGGGCAGUUCAAGAUUUGGGGCCUACACCGUCGUCGGCACGGUCCACGGAGAUUCCAUACAAAUACGCAAGCUCAAGAACGUCCUCCCAAAAAAGCGGCGGCGCCGGUCGACGAAGAAAGUGGACGAGGACGCGUCGCGCGAGUUAGAUAAACCAAAGAAGCGGAAGAAGAAGCAGAAGCUCGUGGCGAGAAAGCCGCCGGCCGAGGGCGCCCAGCUGCUAGUCAAGUGGGCCGGCGACGACGGUUCGGAUAGGGAGGAUGGGCGCUAUCCCUGUGUAUUACGGGGCGGCCAGUUGUAUGGGGACUGGGAGGAGCCCGUGCCGUUUGACCCGGACGACGUCGCGACCCGAGUGGAAUCAAAUUUCGGGCGCCCCACGCCAUCGACGCGACGUGCUUCCGUAGCUGCGUCUGCGCGAUGGUGUCGUGAUUUCACGCCAUCGACGCGACGUUGUCCCCGUGGCCGCGUCGGCUCGAUGGCGUGGAAGUACACGAAGAACCUAACUCACUGGUUGAUUUCCACACAGGACGACUGGCGCUACGGCGAGGGCGCCUACAAACAAAGGGCGCUGGACUUUGUCGCGCGGUUCUGCGCCAAGCUGCCGCCGCCGCCCAAGGAGCCGAAGAAGCGACAAAAACGGGUCGAUAUACCGCCGGUCGAGGCGAUCGGGGACCUCGUCGCCGAGAUGGCGGAGUUCGUGGCCGAUAAUGCGCCCGAGGAUAUCCAGAACGCCUACGCGUGUUCGCUGCACCCGGCGGAGUAUCUGCGGAGGUGGGCCCGCGGCGACUCCUUAUUGAGACCGCUGCGGGGCCUGAACGUGCAGCACCCCUGGGCGCCGAUGCUCCUCGACGGCUCGAAGGUCAUCGAGGCGCGGACGUAUGAUAUAGACGACAAGGGCGGGUUCGGUAAUGAGUGGUUCUGGGUCGUCGAGACGCCGGGCAAGCAGCGGCAGCGGGGCCAGCGGGCGCGCAUCACGGGCUGCGUCAAGUUUUGUCGGGAGGCCGUGCGCUACACGUCCCUCGACCAGUGGCGCGCGGACGAAGAUAAGCACCGCAUCGCGGCGGGCUCGGACUACGACUGGGACGGCCGCGGCGCGAUGUUCGGCUGGCGCGUCGAGCGCGUCAUGGUGCUCCGCGAGCCGGUGCCGGGCCCGGACCGCAAGGGCACGAUCAACUCGAAGCCCGUGCCGCGGCUCGUGCCUCGGGACGGCUGGGUCGUCGCCUGAGUAAUGUCCUUUUUUGUGG